AUGUUUCUCUUUCAACCUUUAUAUUUUCGCACGUUCUUUGACACAGCAGCAAGCCUAUUGGAAACGCUGACAGAUGACAGCUUUUGGAUAUCUCUUGUUGGCGAACGUGUCUUCUCAUUGGUGAAGCGCUACUCGGGGAACGAUGCCAUCCUCGUUGGCAUUUUCCUCAGCUUAGGACCUACAUUGCUCUCCAUCUUACAAGGAUGCUAUUGGACCAUCAAGAAUACCUUGGAUACCUGGCUCUAUGUAUCGGUUGAGAUCGUGGAAGAAGAAACCAUAUUUAACCCCGUUCAAGAAUUUGUCAAGAAACGAUACCGAACAAUACAAGAAUACAAGAAUGUUUCAGGUGUUACAACUUACCGAACCAUACGACGCAACAAUCGAGAUUACGACGAAGAAAGGUCACGUCUUGGGCUUGUGCCUAAAUUGGGAACAACGAGCAAGAUCAUAUACAAGGGACAUACAUUGUGGAUCCAUCGGUACGCUAUGUCAUCAAUGGAUCGAACCACAAGCAAACGAUCCAUGAGUCGACAAAGCCGUGAGAUCCUUGAUGCAUUGAGCGAAUCAAAUCUUGUACUUGUGAUAAAGAUGCGCAGCCGCAACCUUAAGCUUUUACAAGACAUCAUACAAGAAUGGGUCGAUGAGUAUUAUGAUGAGCGGGAUAGCGAGUUGAUUGUGUACAAGUGUAUGGGUGAAUUCUGGCAACGACACUGGGGUGAAUUGUGCUCCAAGCAGGUGCGACGUUUCGAAUCCGUGGUGCUUAAAGAAACCCAAAAAGAGGAGCUGCUCAACGACUUGCUUGCAUUCCGCACACAAAAGGAGUGGUACACUGAAACAGGAAUCCCCUAUCGACGUGGAUACCUUCUUUAUGGGCCACCUGGUACUGGCAAAACAUCCUUUAUCCAAUCACUUGCCAGCAAAAUGCAUAUGAAUGUGGCUCUCAUUAGCCUUACCACGCCCAUGGAUGAUGACACUUUUACACAAAUGCUGAUCACGGCACCCAAAAACUGCUUUAUCGUGAUGGAGGAUAUCGACCAUUGUAUAAUCGAUGAUGGCGACGGCAGCGAAAAGCAUCAUGGUAGUCGACGUGUUACUGCAAGUGGUCUACUCAACGCCCUUGAUGGUGUUUAUUCGGCUGAAGGAUCAGUGCUAUUUCUCACAUGCAACGACAUUACGCGUGUGGUACCUGCAUUGUUACGACCAGGAAGGGUUGAUUUCAAGAUGGAGUUGGGUUAUGCCGAUAAGUAUCAAAUCGAAGCUAUGUUUUGGCGAUUCUUUGGUGACCCUGGAUCGAAAAAGGACCAAAGACUGAUACCUUUUGUUAACAAGUUAUUGGCGUGCCUUCCAUCUGAUUACCUUACACCAGCCGAACUACAAAGCUUUUUCAUGAUUCAUGCCAUGGCCUUACGAGCGGGAAAAGCAGCAAUGAUCAGGACCGGUAUUCAAUUGCCAAACGGUAACGCCAAAGCCCACGAGGAUGUCGAUCCUAUCAUGCAUGAUACCGAUAGCAUCAGCAGUGCUAGCAGCAUACGACGACACCAGCUCAAGGCUGCCACAUUGGAACAUCUCAUAUCAACCACGCCCACUUUUUUGGAGAAGGUCAAGUACGAUAGAGAGCAGGCACACAAACAUGAGCAAUCUAAGAAGGAAAAAGGAAAAGACAAGGCCUAG